AUGGCUUCACAUUUGGCCAACAUCUUCGGAACAGAACAGGAUCGUGUCAACUGUUCAUUCUACUACAAAAUUGGAGCGUGCCGUCACGGAGAUCGCUGCUCGCGCAAGCACAUUAAGCCUCCAUUCUCGCAGACCAUCCUGCUUCCAAAUGUCUACCACAAUCCCGCGCACGACCCUGUUUGCAAGCUCACUGAGAAAGAACUCCAAGAGGGAUUCGAUGCUGUCUAUGAAGAUCUCUAUUGCGAGUUGUCGAAGUUUGGACACCUCCUCGAGCUACAUGUUUGUGACAAUGUCGGCGACCACUUGAUCGGAAACGUGUACGCCCGGUAUGAAUGGGAGACAGAGGCACAAGCUGCUGUGGACAGCUGCAACGAGCGUUGGUAUGCAGGUCGGCCACUUUACGCAGAGCUGUCACCUGUUACGGAUUUCCGCGAAGCAUGUUGCCGACAGAACGAGAACGGCGAAUGUAAUCGUGGUGGCUUCUGCAAUUUCAUGCAUCUACGCUUGGCCUCGAAAGAUCUCGUUUCAUCCCUUCGUGCUGGGCAGCGCCUUGAAAGGCGACUCAACCCCUCGAAAAAUGAAAGUGGAGGAGGUGGCUGGGAGCCUGGCAAGCGAGAAGGCGGGCGAGGGAGGAGUGCCAGUCCCAGGAGAGGUGGCCAUAGCGGAGAAGAUAGGUGGACGCGGAAGUGAACUUUUUUUCCUUUUCCUUUACUGUAAUUAGGUUGUUUGCUGUAUCUUUUGCCCAGCUGAUGCUGUAAAACAGGUCUACUGCCUGAAUUGAACUAAGUAGACUCCAUCCCUCAAUCAUGAGGGGUUAGGUGGGCGAGGUCACCAUCUUGCCUAAGAAUUUGUCUGCAAGCGGGACGUCGUGCUGGGCAACAGCAACAUACCAGGUACCUCCGCAAAGUCGGCGUGAGGGACAUUCCGACACUCUGAGUCUAUGGGGCGAAAAGACUGUCAGACGAGCCAACCAACACAUUCUCCCCGGCCUUUGUCUGAAAGUAAUUGUGGCCACUGAACAACAAAUCGGUCAGCCAAGGGACGAAGAAGCUUUCCAGAAAGGGAGAGCGACGUCACGCGUGCAAAUGAUUCAACAUAAAUGACAACGGGAGCUGGCAAGCCGAGAAAUUUGUUGAUGUAGACCGCCACGCAGAGGAUAAAGCAGGUCCCUGGACCGUUAAGGAUCAAAACAUCUGCGAAUCUUGAGCGGGAUUCUUGGAAACACAAAUUGGGCUUGAUGGUAACGUGAUAGACGCAUGUGAAGAGAGAAACGAUGCUGGAAGCAGGGGUUGUUAGAAGAGAUUGGUGGACGCGGCGUGCGCGGGGAAUGGUCAAGAUACUGUAAGACUGGGUACCAUCAGACGCCUCGGCUAUAGAACUUUCAAGAGCUUUUGCCUUCUGGGCGCUGAGGUGAUCCCCUGCGCUGAUAAUAUAUUGUCUAUGAUGGUAUUUCUGAGGAUCUAUGGCCGAAACGAGAGCCAAGGCUUCAGUUGUGUGGCCACCUGAGCCAAGGAAUACAGCGAGAUUACAAGUUGAGCGUUUUGGCUGUGAGGAUGAACGUCGUUUAGUAUCGUUUGGAAGGAUCGUAUAAAGGCGAGCCGCCGCGAGGAACAAAGCGAGCGUAAGAAACACGAUAAUGUAAAUCAUUCUAGUGGAUAUGACUAGAAUUUUGUCGGAUGUCAAGUGAGCGCGAAGGUCGCAGAGAACUUGAGUCAAGUAUCCGUUGUUGCUCGUUGGUAGCCUAGUGUUCUGCGGAUUCAGCGUUGUCGAUCCAAGCAACGGUGAAGAAACCCUGAAACGUAUAUUCGUCAAGCUUGAGCCUGACCAGCGGCGAAG